AUGAUGACCCUCUUUCUCUUACUGCUGUUUGUCUGCGGAGCCCUGAGCCGCCCGGAACCCAGGCCCAACUUCGUGCUGGUGAUGGCAGAUGACCUCGGCAUCGGAGACCCCGGUUGCUAUGGCAACAAAACGCUCAGAACUCCCAACAUUGACCGACUGGCCCGUGGGGGUGUGAAGCUCACCCAGCACUUGGCGGCGGCGCCCCUGUGCACGCCGAGCAGGGCAGCCUUCAUGACUGGCCGGUACCCUGUCAGAUCAGGAAUGACGUCCCGGUCCCGGGUCGGGGUGUUCCUCUUCAGUGCCUCCUCUGGAGGGCUGCCUACCAGUGAAAUCACGUUUUCCAGGCUGCUGAAAAACCAGGGCUACUCCACAGCUUUGAUCGGGAAGUGGCACCUGGGAAUGAACUGUAACAGCAAAGUGGAUUUCUGCCACCACCCUGUGAACCACGGCUUCGACUAUUUCUACGGGCUGCCUGUGACCAACCUGCGGGACUGCAAACCCGGGGAGGGCAGCGUGUUCACCUCAGGCUUCCGGCUGCUGGUCUUCCUGCCCCUGCAGGCCAUCGGAGUGGCCCUGCUCACGCUCGAGGUUCUCAAGUACCUGGGUGUGCUGCGAGUGCCCCACGCCGUCUUCCUGGGCCUGGUGCUCCUGGCUGCUGCCAUCCUGGGCCUGCUGGUCUGUUUCCUGCACUACUUCAGGCCCCUCAACUGCUUCCUCAUGCGCAACCACGAGGUGGUCCAGCAGCCCAUGUCAUACGACAACCUCACCCAGAGGCUGACGGCCGAGGCGGUGCAAUUCAUCCAACGGAACGCGGACACCCCCUUCCUGCUGGUCCUCUCCUACCUGCACGUGCACACGGCUCUCUUCUCCUCCCAGGACUUCGCCGGCAAGAGUCAACAUGGCGCUUACGGGGACGCAGCUGAGGAGAUGGACUGGAGCGUGGGGCAAGUCUUGAAUGUUCUGGAUGAGCUGAAACUGGCCAAUAACACGCUGGUCUACUUCUCGUCAGACCACGGCGCCCACGUGGAGGAAGUGAGCACCAAAGGGGAGCUUCACGGGGGAAGCAACGGGAUCUUUAAAGGAGGAAAGGCCAACAACUGGGAAGGAGGGAUCCGGGUCCCAGGCAUCCUGCGGUGGCCAGGAGUUAUCCAGGCUGGACAAGAGAUUCACGAACCAACGAGCAACAUGGAUAUCUUCCCCACGGUGGUCACACUCGCUGGCUCCCCUCUGCCUGAGGACAGGGUCAUCGAUGGACGAGACCUAAUGCCUCUGCUCCAAGGGAGAAGCCAGCGUUCGGAUCAUGAGUUCCUCUUCCACUACUGCAACUCCUACCUAAAUGCUGUGCGCUGGCACCCCCGAAACAGCACGUCCAUCUGGAAAGCGUUCUUCUUCACACCAAAGUUCACUCCGGAUGGUGCCAAUGGCUGCUAUAGCACACACGUGUGCUUUUGCCACGGGCAUUUCGUCACCCUCCACCAUCCACCUCUACUCUUUGAUAUUUCCAAAGACCCUCAAGAGAGGAACCCGCUGACUCCCGAGACUGAGCCCCGUUUCCUUGAUAUCCUUCAAGUCAUGCACGAGGCGAUAGAUGGUCACAAAAAGACGCUGACCGUAGUACCCGACCAGCUGUCCUUCGGGAACCUUGUCUGGAAGCCAUGGCUGCAGCUAUGUUGCUCCUCCUCGGGGCUGUCUUGCCAGUGUGACAAGGAAAGGCAGGAGAGAACAGUGACCCAUUAG